AUGUCUAAGAAAUCAACUAAAAAAGGUGAUUCCAAGGCGGUAAAGGUGGUGCAAACGCCCGAAGGCUCCCAGGAAGAAAAUAAGAAGGAAAUUGACAAUCCACCUAAGGAGAAGAUUGUUAAGGCUAAGAAGGAGCCUCGUACCACCCGAGGAAGAGCGGUGCAAAAAAAGAAACAAAAACCCAAGCCCAUGUCGCCAAGCGACAAAAUUCGCUUCCGCUCGAAGACUCCAUUGAGAACUUCAAAAGGGAGAAUUGUAAAAGCUCCUAAACCAGUUUAUCAACUGGAAUUCUGA